UUGAAAAUGCAGGAGUCGUUGGUGCUGCUGCUGUACCUGGGGAGGAAAAGGAGGGCCGGCCCCCAGCGGGAGAUGGCUGCCCGGGGGGACGAGGCGCAGCGGGCAGCCUGGCUCCGGCAGUACUACACGCAGCGACAGAAGAGGCUGAUGACGCUGCUGAUUGCCCGUCGGAGGAGAUCCAGCUGUUACUUCCACCCACGCGCCUGGCCCAGCUUCCGGAAUGCUGACUGGUGGGAACGGGUGGUCCUGAAAGACUUCCAGCCUCGGGACUGGCUGGAGAAAUUCCGAAUGUCCAAGGAGACCUUCUUCUAUGUCUGCAACCAGCUGCGACCCAAGCUGUCCCACCCGAGUACCCAGCCCCACCCAGUGCUGCCUCUGGAGCAGCGGGUAGCCGUGGCCGUUUGGCACCUGGCCACCAAUGUAGAGUACCAGACAAUCAGCCCCCUCUUUGGGGUGGGUCCCUCCACCGUGCAGAACUGCGUCAAGGAGGUCAGCUACGCCAUUGUGCUGCUGCUGAAGCCACUCUACCUCCGGCUGCCCAGCGAGCAGGAGCUGGAGAACAUGGUGCGAAUCUUCAGUGCCCGCUGGGGAUUCCCACACUGCAUCGGUGCCUUGGACAGCCUCCAUGUCCCCAUCCACGCCCCUGCGCACCUCGGUGCCGACUACUGCAACAGCCAGGGCUGGCAUUCUGUCCUCACGCAGGCGACGGUGGAUGGGCUGGGUCAGUUCUGGGACAUCUGCGCCGGCUUUCCUGGCAGCAUGGAGAACAGCACCGUCCUGGAAAACUCCAGCUUGUGGGUGUUAGCCAGGGAGGGCCGCCUCUUCCCAACCCCCCUGAAACAUUUCAUGGGGAGGGCACAAAAGUACGUCCUGUUGGGAGAUGCCUCUUACCCGCUGCGGGACUGGAUCCUCAAGCCUUACCCAGAAGACGGCACCCUCACCCCACAGCAGCUCCAGUUCAACUAUCGCCUGAAGCGAGCCCACAGUGUGAUCGAGAAUGCCUUCCUGCGCCUCAAGGCCCGGUGGCAGUUCCUCCUGAAAUGUGACGACUGCAGCCUGGACCUGCUGCCCACGGUCAUACUCGCCUGUUGCACCCUGCACAACGUGUGUGAGGCCCACGACAGCCCCUUCAACGAGGAGUGGCUAGAGGUGAUAGAGCCCGCCGAGUUCUCAAAGCCCUGCCAGCCUGCGCCCAUGUCCAUGGACGACAGCAGCGCCGAGGAAGUGCGAGAGCUGAUGUGCGAAUACUUUGAAAGCUACGGAGAAGGCUGAUUGCUACAAAGCAAUGCCGCAUGCUCUCCAGCUCUCAAACUUUCAGUAACUCUAGUACACCUAACGUUGCCCCAGCAAUCAAAGGCUACUGAAUGGGGACUGUGCGCUGUCACAUACUGCAAAGCCUUUUCCGUGGAAUAAAGGUGGCUUGGGGGAUUGGUAAGGAGUCAGCCCUUCCCAGCUCAGCCACCAGUUCCAGUCCAGAGGAGGUUGGCCGUGUUGUGCUAAAGCAGUCUUUGCCUUGGUGCUGCCAGGCAAUGGGAUGGAUUUCAUGCCUUUGUAAUCUGCCAGGGUUUAGACGAUCUUGUGUCGUGGUCUGUGAGAUGUAAA